AUGUCGCCGUCGAUGGAACCGGCAUAUUUUACUUUUAUACUCGUGGACAUUUACUUUGGUCACAAUAUACUUUGGGUUUGGAUCUGCAAUUUCCAUUUAUGGAUGUCAAAGCACUUAGGAAAUGUCGGUGGUGAUAGGACUGAUCAUAUAAGUUCAGAUUUUGAAGGCACCUACACGCCUCCCAUUGUUGGAGAAACCGCAAUUGCGUCCAACCGGUCCAAACAUUUUGAUACGUACCGAUCACCUUAUUAUCCUCCCAGAGCAGGUGCAUGGACUUAUGCCUUUCAAAUCAUGUAUCAGACUUCUGCAGGUGCUGUAAUACUCACUGAUUCGGUGUUUUGGCUCAUUCUUUUUCCGCUCCUGACGGCCAAAGAUUACAGUCUGAAUUUCCUGCUCGUCUGUAUGCACUCGGUCAAUGUCGUUUUUCUUGUUGGUGACACAAUAUUGAAUUGCAUGCCGUUCCCGUUCUUCCGAAUCGGAUACUUUGUUUUAUGGACAGGCACAUUCGUCGUCUUCCAAUGGAUCAUCCAUGCUUGUAUUAACCUCUGGUGGCCAUAUCCAUUCCUUGACUUAUCGUCGUCAUAUGCUCCUUUAUGGUAUAUGGGAGUAGGACUGAUGCACAUCCCAUGCUAUGGCAUCUUUGCUUUGAUGAUUAAACUCAAGGAUUUUGCUAUGUGGUGGACAUCCCCCGAAUCGUUUCGGAAAAGGACGUGAAAAGAGGGAUCGGUGGUCGAAACCCGGGGACGCCGUCCAUUAUCACGAAGCCGGUAACA